GUGAGAUGUGGGAGGGGGGGGGAAUUGCCUCUGCCACGCCAGUGGGCUGGUGGUGGUGGUGUCUGCGUGUGUCUCCCAUACACGUGGUUUCUUUCUUCCUUUGCCAGUUCAACAUAACCCGUAAGCGAGUGUCCUUACCGCCAUUGCAAGUCGUCCUUUUUUUUACCCAGCUGCUGUAAAAAAAAAUGACAGGUUGAACGAGAAAUGUGUCUCGGCUGUUGUGGUUUUAUAUAAAGCAUUUUUUUUUAAACACACAAACCCCUGCGCCACGUGUGUGGGGAGGAGGAUGAAGAGGCAAAAUGGGCGCAUUGGGAAUUGCAUUGUCGGGUUCGUAGCAGUUACGAGAACAUCCAACGCUAAGUUCACCUUGGCUUUUAAACCCAGCCUACGCAGCAACAAUCGAUUCGCAUUAAUAAUAAAUAUAUUAUUUUAAAGGGGCGUCGCUUCUCCGCCGUUGUAUCGUCGUACGCAGUCUAUAUCUCUCUGUGUGUGUGUGCGCCCCCCCGCUUUGCUUUGCUGGGCCUUACACAACAUUUUUGUUGUUUUAAUCCGCCGCGGAUUCUCCCCGAUGGUAAUCCUCGCUGCACGAGGCACCACGGCGAGCUGUCUGGCUGUCGGGGUGGUUUACCCCGUGAAGAAAGUGGGUGCUGUCGUGGAGGUCUCGAUGGCGCCUUCCCUGCGCACGUGCUACCGCUAUCUCAACCAGACGAGCCGCUCCUUCGCCGCCGUCAUUCAAGCGCUGGACGGGGAGCUCAGGGACGCCGUCUGCAUCUUCUACCUCGUGCUGCGGGCGCUGGACACGGUGGAGGACGACAUGACGAUCCCCAGCGCCGCCAAGGUGCCCAUGCUGCGCGACUUCCACAGCUUCCUGUACCAGCACGAGUGGAGCUACUCGCUGAGCAACGAGAAGGACCGCCAGGUCCUGGAGGACUUCCCUACGAUCUCGCUGGAGUUCCGCAAGCUGGCCAAGAUUUACCGGGAUGUCAUUGGCGACAUCUGCCAGCGCAUGGGAGCGGGCAUGGCUGAAGUGCUACAGAAGAAAGUGGGCUCCAUGCAGGAGUGGGAUCAGUACUGCCACUACGUGGCGGGCCUGGUCGGGAUCGGGCUGUCGCGGCUGUUUGCGGCGUCGGGACUCGAGGACGUGGUGGUGGGAGAGGACGUGGCGCUCGCCAACUCCAUGGGCCUUUUCCUGCAGAAGACCAACAUCAUCCGGGAUUACCUGGAGGACACGCGCGACCGCAGGGAGUUCUGGCCCCAGGAGGCGUGGAGCAAAUACGCGGGGAGCCUUUCGGACUUGGCGCGCCCCGAGAACCUGUGCGCGGCCGUGGGCUGCCUCAACGAGCUGGUGACCAAUGCGCUGGGCCACGUGCCAGACGUGCUCACCUACCUGUCUCGCCUGCGCAACCAGAGCGUCUUCAACUUCUGCGCCAUCCCCCAGGUGAUGGCGAUCGCCACGCUGUCCGCCUGCUACAACAACCCGGCGGUGUUUGGCGGCGUCGUGAAGAUCCGCAAGGGCCAGGCGGUCACGCUCAUGAUGGACGCCACGAGCCUAGCGUCGGUGCGCGCCAUGAUGCUGCAGUACGCACAGGAGAUCCAGCGCUGCAUCCCGCCCGACGACCCUUCGGCGACCCAGACGCGCGACAUCGUGCUGCGCAUCAAGGCUAUGUCGCGCGCGGGCGCGUCGUCGUCGUCAUCGUCAGGCGGUGGCGACAGCGGCGACGCGCAGGAAGAGGAGGAGGUUAACGGCCGCCAUCAGGGGACUGGCUUCAUGUCCCCGCUGAGCCUCACCAUGGGAAUGGUUCUGGCCGCGUUGGGCUGGCAGUACUGGGCCACGGUGCAGGGGGUCGCUGCCAAGUACCUGCAGGGCCUGUGAUGACGACGACUGCCCGCCGUCUUUGAACUGGUGGACCUCCUCGAUGCGCCCAGCCAACCUGUAAAUAUAUAUCCCAAGUGCCCUGCCUGAGCCGUUGCUGUGGCCACUGGUGAUUCACGUAGCGUUUUUGAGAAAUGCCGCAUUGGCCCCCUUCUCCCCCUUCCGAGAAUUUGUCCCAAACGAAAGGUUGUCGCGAUGGAAGUGGGGCGGCCUCCCUGCGUGCGUGUAGGAAGGCGCGCACGCAUGGUGGCUGAUGGGGUUGUGUUUCCGCGCAGGGUUGUGGUUGUUGAUAUCCCCUCUCGUACCCCAUGUUGGAAAAACCCUGGCUUUGCUUCUCAGUGUCGUGCACGUAUCGCGUCUCAACAGGGAAGCGAGCGGCAAUGGGGAUGUUAAAUGCCGCCCGAUUUGUAGAAAGCGAUGCGUUUGCUGGCGAGGAGGAGGUAGUUCUCUUGGCUGCCAGUUAGUGGCAGUUGAAUUGCGCGGAAGUGGAUAAAUAAAUACGGAAGAUCCGUGCAGACUUUUAACUGAUUUGAGGGUGCUUCGCUGUCGUGUUAGUUUAAGAAACGUUUUAAAUGUUUACAGACGACAUCAGAAAAAUUGGCAAACCAAUUGCAUGUGCGUUUUGGCGGCGACGUUGUGACCCAUGCUGCCACAGCGAAGCGCUUGCCGCAUUGUUUCCAGUUGACCGCACAAAUGACUUGGUCACCUCAAACCAGUCCGCGUCGUGUUCAUUCUGAAGUGGUGUCGUGUUUGUCUCUUUGCGUUUGUUGCCGAGUUGCUUAAUCUGAGGCUUUGUACCAUAUCUAGAGCGCAACGAUGGGGCUAGUCGCGUGUAAAUUAACAAAAGUAGAAAUUAUAAACUAAAUAUUUCUACGGUGUGCUUUUGCAGGUGGUAACUUCUAUAAAAAAAAGCAGACUAUAAAACUACAAGCUCUCCCCCGUGGCUCGGUCGUUACUUUAAAAUGGGGCGAGCAAUCUGAUUUUAACGCGACGAUUUGAACGAAAUAAAGUAUGACGAUUAUGACAAUAAAGAAUAUUUUUGGUAUGACAUGUUUACUGGUUUUAUGUGCUCGAAUAAAUCUGAACACACGGCAA